AUGGCUCGCGAUGAUUCCGUAUCGCCAUUUUCCCGCUCGCCACAAAAGUCCCCCACGAAUGACGAACCUUACGUGCCGCCCGUGGUUGGAGGCAGCCUUGCCGCCUCGGCCCCGGAGCCAGGCCUGGAUAGAGCCGCAGUCGACAAAAUAAACCUUGGAGAAAAUGAGGCGGCGUCAAGCGAUCCUACGACUCUCUCUGCUAGUCUCCCUCCACAAAAUGUCGCAGAGUCAAACAGCAUAAAGUCUUUCGGACACCCUGCCGGUCAAGCCUCCCCAAGCACUCCUGGCACCCCGAGCGCUCGUGUUCAGUUUGCCCGAUUCGAUCCCCCAGCUGUCCAACCAUCGCACUCCCGACACAACUCUGCCGAGAAUCCCGAAGCCGCAAAGUCGAGGAGCGCCUCCAUCAUGUCCAAGCUCAAGUCUCUUACGCCAACCUCUCUCCAAUCUACACACCCUCCUCCUUCGCUCGACCUCGACAACUCGCAAUCGGCCGCAGCGUCCCCCACAGCCAGCCGUUUUGCUAGCCGAGUGUCAGACACUUUGCACGAAGAAGACGAAGGAACGGAUGCAGACAUGGACGGCGAAGCUGAUGCCGACGUAGAAGAGGAGGCAGACGAGACACAGACUGCGAGACCUCUCAGGAAAAAGAAGCGCAGGAUGCGCCGCUUUGUCAAGGGCGACGGAUCAGCUCCCGCCUCCCCUUUCCGAUUUCCCAGCGACGGCGAUGCGCUGAGCUACAGGUUCUUGAGACGCCGUGCGAGCAUGCCAGACACAUCCGUAUACGACCAUGCCCUCUCCGAGGGCGAGACUACUCGGCGGCGCAGGCGACGUCCCUUUGUUAGACGCGGCCAUUCGUUAGUUAACACCGGAAUCGCGCAACACGAAACCGACAUUGAAGCUCUGGAAAGCUCGGCUGUUGUGGGUCGUCGUCAUGGUCACCAUCGUCGGAUUACUGUUUUCGGCGGUGGCGGUGUCUCUGACGGUGAUGCCAUCAUGCAUCGCAGGCCCUUCUUCCACUCGGAACGUGCCUCUAACUUUGGUGCCCAGAAGUGGAAGCAGGUCAAAAGUACUCUGAAGCUCUUGCGUCAAAGGAAGGACGAUCGCAUCGACUACUACAAAUCCACCGAGUUAAUGGCCGAGCUUAGAGCCGGAGCUCCUGCCGUUCUCAUGUUUGCCAGCAUGAUCCAGCGAGAUGAGAACGGGAACAAGAGAAUCCCAGUUCUGCUGGAGCAGCUGAAACUGACAGUAACAGACAGCAGACCGGGACCCGGAGACGAAAAGGAGUACCACCACGCUUUCACCCUUCAGCUAGAAUACGGGAGCGGCCCCAGUCGAAUGGUCUGGACGGUUGUUCGCUCUAUGAAAGACAUCUACAAUCUUCACUUCCGCUAUAAGAUCGCCCUAAACAACGACAUGUAUCUGCCGGGCCAGAUCCAUCGACCCAAGCAGCCCAACUUCCCUUACUACGUGUUCCCCUAUCUGCGAAAUCUAGUCAAGGGGGGAAAGCUCAUUGACGAGGAGAUUGCAGCGGCCAGCGCUGGAGAACAGAUUGCCGAGGAAGGAGGUCAGGACCUGCACGGCGACGAUGCUGAAGCUUCCGGCAGUGACGGUGGCGGCAAUACACACCCGCGCCGCAAACGUUCCAUCGUUAACUUGUUUGCGAGACGCCGCUCGACUGGCCUCGCCGACAAUGGCGAAGGCCCUAGCGACGACGGCCCCGAAGCUGCGCGCCAGCGUUACAUGGAGAAACAGCGACGAGCCUUGGAGCAGUACUUCUCCCAGUUGAUUCGCUGGCUCAUGUUCAGGGCCGACAGCAACCGUCUUUGCCGGUUUCUGGAACUUUCUGCCCUCGGCAUUCGUCUUGCCGCUGAGCGCAGCUAUCACGGCAAGGAAUGCUAUCUACACAUUCAAUCUGCUAAGGGCCCCGAUUUCCGCCGUGUGUUGACGCCUGCUAAAGUUAUUGCUCGCCACAGCCGCAAAUGGUUCCUCGUUCGUCAGAGCUAUAUUGUUUGUGUCGAGGCGGCCGAGAACAUGAACAUUUAUGACGUCUAUCUCGUCGACUCUAAAUUUAGUAUCGCAUCGAAGAGACAUGGUGUCAAACGAAUCACCUCCAAGAAGGACGAGUUCGACUUGACCAUGGAGACUCCUUCUUCCAAGUCACACACGCUAACUCUCCGAAAUGGGGAGCGCAAGCUUCGCCUCUUUGCAAGACACCACUCGGCUAUGAGACAGUUCCAGGAGUCUAUCAACGAAAUGCUGAAGCAGACCGUCUGGUCUCACCCGAAGCGAUUUGGGAGCUAUGCCCCCGUCCGACAAGGCGUGUUCGCACAGUGGCUUGUUGACGGACGCGAUUACAUGUGGAACGUCUCUCGUGCCAUUAACAUGGCCAAGGAUGUCAUCUACAUUCACGACUGGUGGCUCAGCCCCGAGCUGUACCUGAGACGCCCUGCUGCUAUCAGUCAGAAGUGGCGCCUCGACCGUCUCCUGCAGAAGAAGGCCAGUGAAGGAGUUAAAGUUUUCGUCAUCAUCUACCGAAACGUUGAGGCGGCUAUCCCCAUCGAUUCCGAGUACACCAAGUUCUCGCUGCUGAACUUGCACCCCAACAUCUUCGUUCAACGGUCACCCAAUCAGUUUAAGAAAAACCAGUUCUUCUUUGCUCACCACGAAAAGAUUUGCAUCGUCGACCACGACGUUGCAUUUACCGGUGGCGUGGAUCUUUGCUUUGGAAGAUGGGAUUGCCCACAGCACCCCAUCGUUGACGAUAAACCGACAGGUUUUGAAAUGGACGACGCGCCUAGGGAUGUGGAACAUUGCCAGUUGUUCCCUGGCAAGGACUACUCCAACCCACGUGUGCAAGACUUCUUUCGUCUUGGCGAGCCUUACGAGGAAAUGUACGACCGCUCCAGAGUCCCACGAAUGCCAUGGCAUGAUAUUGGAAUGCAGGUAGUUGGGCAGCCCGCCCGUGACCUGACGCGUCAUUUCGUCCAGAGAUGGAACUAUCUUCGCCGUGGUCGUAAAUCAACCAGACCACUGCCAUUCCUGCUGCCACCACCGGAGGCUAAUUUCACCGAGCUCGAGUCGCUAGGAUUGACUGGUACCUGUGAAGUGCAAAUGCUGAGGUCUGCCAGCAACUGGUCCCUUGGCCUGGAGGAAACGGAGCACAGCAUCCAGACCGCCUACGUCAAGAUGAUUGAGGACUCGGAACAUCUUGUCUACAUCGAGAAUCAGUUCUUCAUCUCUAGUACCGAAGCAUACAACACUCGCAUUGUCAACAGGAUCGGCGACGCGAUCGUGCACAGAAUCGUUCGAGCCCACGAAAAUGGAGAGAGCUGGCGCUGCAUCAUCCUUAUCCCGCUCAUGCCUGGCUUCCAAAAUACUGUUGAUGAGCAGGAAGGCACAAGUGUACGACUGAUCAUCAUGUGCCAGCUGCGGAGUAUUUGCCGAGGCGAAAAUUCCAUCUUUGGCCGCCUGCGUGCUGCUGGAAUUGAUCCCGAGGACUACAUUGACUUCUUUUCUCUUCGUCAGUGGGGUAUUAUGAGUACGAAUGCUGUCGUUACUGAACAGUUGUACAUUCACGCCAAGUGUAUGAUCGUGGAUGACCGUGUGGCCAUCAUCGGCUCUGCCAAUAUCAACGAACGCUCCAUGGUUGGCCAUCGCGAUUCCGAAGUCGCGGCAAUUGUUCGCGAUACUGAUAUGAUAUGGUCUACCAUGGGCGGCAAGCCGUACCAAGUCGGCAGAUUCGCACACACCUUGCGCAUGAGAUUGAUGCGGGAGCACCUAGGUCUUGAUACCGAUGCAAUCCAGGAGGAAGAGCGCGGGAGUGACGAUAACGACGAGACAUUCGAGGAACAUAUGGACAACAUCUACAGCAACAGAGCUGGAUCUGCGAGCGGCUUUGAUAAGGACGAAGCCAGCUUACCAGCUCGUCCUAGAAUGCAACACAUCCGAAGCUUUAACAGUGACCUCGACAUUGGUAUGGCUAAGGCGGUAGACCCCGAUGCGUGGUCCUCAGACGACGAUGGCAAGCAAGAGAACAAGGGCAAGACGAUAGAUGGGGAGACGGCCUCGCAGGCUGAGCGUCGCCUCAACGAUGUUUCCGGCUUUGGCGCGGAUCAUUGGAAAGAUGCCGAGCAAUCUGGUCACGGCCAAGGCAGAGACUCUGUCAUUGUUAAUGGCCACGAAUUCUUGGUCCGGAGCAUCGACUCCAUGGGCAAAGGAACCCUGGCAGACCCUGAGCAUAAGGAUCCGCAGGAUCGCGAGAGCCAUUUGUCGGAGCUCGUUAAGGAUAAGCAGCUUCCACCUCUCCCGCCAUUUGACGAGCGUGCUGCCGAUGUGGACGAUGUACGACCAGCCCAGCUAACUAUGCUACCCGAAUCCAGUGAAGUCGACGCUAAGGAGGAUGCCCUGGGUGCGUUCCGGUAUAUGACUGCUGAAAUUAAGAUGGCAACUAUCACAAAGGAUUGCAUGGUGGAUCCUAUUGCUUCAGAGUUUAUCGAUGACAUCUGGAACAGGGUGGCGCGCAACAACACCAAGCUUUAUCGCAAAGUCUUCAGAUGCAUGCCAGAUUCUGAGGUCAAGACAUGGUCCGACUAUCGCGACUUUGUUGCGUACAACAAAAAAUUCCAAGAGACAAUGGAGGUUCGCACAGCCUCGGAGGAGCCAGAAGCCAUGAGCGAAGCUAGAGGCAGCAUCAAACGCACGGCCAGCAGUGGUGCCAUUGGUAUCUCUGUGCCAGAUCUGGAGGCACUGGCGAGCAUCACCGGCGAGGAUACCGAGAAACUGGCUGCGAAUCUCGACGAGCAGCAUAACAACCCGGACGCCAUUGGUGAGACGUCAGACGAAGCUGUCACUGGUGAGAAGUCGGAGGAAGCUGUUGACGAGAAGGCAGCAGUGGCGACGGCAGACCAAGAACGCGAGGUGGGCGUUGAGGUAGAGAAGCAAUCUACAAACCCAGAAACGCUUGAGCGUAAGACGACAACUUUUGCCAACCUUGAGAAGGCGCCCACCAGAGAUACCGCCGCCGCAGCUGCCCAUGCUCAGUUUGGCUCCGUUAAGAGGCGGCGUCGCGCGACCACUAAGGGAAGCCGUCGCUGGUCCAAUAACAUUGAAGACAUGCCUUCUCGCACCGAGGCCGAGGGUCUUUUGAGGAUGGUCCAGGGCAAUCUCGUUGAGUUCCCCUACGAUUGGCUCGUUACGGAAGAGCACAACGGCAACUGGGGAUACCAGGUGGAUGGAGUUGCUCCGCUGGCGAUUUAG